AUGUUGGGAUGUGCAAGCACUGCAGACUUCCUGCCCCGCGGCGACGACCUGGCGGAGCUCCGCCACCUUGUCACCGCUCAACGCAGUGACCGUGGCGGGGCGGUGCUGCCCGCCUUGGUCGAGCUGGAUGUGUCUGGCUGCCCGGUGAAUCGCGACGUGAUGGACCUCGUUGUGCCGCUGGCAGCCUGCAAGUCGCUGGCCAAAGUUGCCGCUUCGAACGCACACCUGUCAGGUGACCUGCUGGACCUGACAGACUUGGCUGUGGAAAUCGAUGGCAAAAGCCACAGUAGUGUUACUGCACCCUUGGCAGGCGCUCUGCAGGUCUUGGACCUGUCAGGCAACUUGAUCCAUCAGGUCACCGCCGUCAACGCCCAUAGUGUGCUAUCGUUGGCUGACAAUGGUCAGGCUGUAGAGAUGCCACAUGGCACGCUUCGCAAAGCACUGGAAGAUGGCGUGCGACUAGACCUGACAAACGUUGCUCUUGUGGAUGACAGCGAAGCCAAGGAGCUGAUUGCCAAAGGAUCACUGAACAUCACCGAGAUCUACGACGACUCCUGCCAGUGCGAGCCCCAGAAGGCCCUCCACUCGGAUCAGUGCGUGGACUGCCACGACCUGAAGCUGGACAGGGGGGGUAUUCGUCGUCGCUAUGCUUUGCAGGACUGCGAGAAUCCCGGAAGCCUGGCGACCAAAGCACCGCCAACUCUCGGGCACGCGUGCUUAGAUCCCGCAGAGGAGCAGUGCAACGCGUCCGCGAACGGUUCGGAGCUCGGGUGCGCGCUCGGUUACGAGGGGCCCCUUUGCGCCAUCUGCGCCGACAGAUACCGCAGCCAGGGCCGGCGCUGCAAGAAGUGCGAGGAAGGCUACGAAGCGGCCCGGUGGCCCCUCGCGCUCGCUGCGGCCACAGCGGCGGCUGGAGGCUGCGCCUUUUUCGUCUGGUGGAGGAGCCGCACAGCAGAUGUCCCGGCAGAAGCAAUUCCAGCUCUCUGGCCGCUGCUGUUGGCGCAAGGCCCCGUGCUGCUGCAAUUUCUUCAGCUCUGGGGCGUGCUCGUGGCCCUCAGCAAGAAGAGCACUGGGGAGACCACGGCGCAGACCUGGGACCAGGAGUAUGUUCAGUGGCUGCAGCUGACGGCGGGUGGGCUCCGGGACGCUUUGAGCUUGGAAUGCGAGUACGGAAGGAACGCCCGCCUGGCUUGUGCUGUGCUGGGUCCCGUGCUGCCCUUGCUGCUUUUGGCCGCCUGCGCCAUCCUGGAAGCCGUUUUGCGAGGCCGAGGUGUAAGUGUGGCACUGCAAGUGUUGUCGCUGGCCUUCAUUGGUGGAGCCUCGAGCUGUGCAGGGCUGCUGCGGUGUCAGGAGCUCGAUGGAGGUGGAGAGCCACUGGGGGAGGAACAUGCCUUCCGCUCCUUGCUGCCACACCUGAAGUGCUCGGAAGCACCCUGGGUGGCGGCAAUCGGCUGGGGAUGCGCCGUCGGCUACGGCAUUUUCGUCCCAGCGUGCAUGGCUAAUUCCGAGGAAUCGAAGGAGAUGAGUUCUCGAGUGCAGUUGGCGGGGGCGGUUGCCUACUGUGCCGUCUUCUUUCGCGGCUCCGUGCAGAUAAAGUCUGCGGAUGGCUGCCUGCAGCUCGGCACAGCGGACAACAUCCUCUCCAUGGCCCUUGACAACAAAGCGGAUGCCGAUCUGCAGCGGUGGCAGGCAGUCACCAGGAUGCUGAAGGAGCGCUGCAUCAUCGAAGAAGCGGCGCCGUCCGACAGAUGCCUGGCAGAACUUGCCUAG